AUCAAUAAACAAGAAAAGUUCACUCUAAUUCAUGAUUAAUUGGCCAGGGAUUGGAGUUGAAUUUUGAGAAUUCUAAAACCGGGAAGAAUAUGAGCUCAACUGUAAAAACCAACGCCUCUACGGAAAGCGGUUUAGAGAGAACUCACAAUAAAACCCAUAAGACCUCUCACACAGAACAACAGCAAAGAAAGAAAUCAAAAGAGGAAAAGAUCAAUUCAAAGAUAAAACAUAAAAACUUAUACUUGAAAGUAACUGGUACACAUCAUACAGAUACCGACUUGAAAACACGAUUAAAACGCAUUACAAAGGAAGACUUAGUCGUGGAGCAUAUCAGGCGUGAUGGCGAAGAUACUGUUUUCACAAUACAGCUAAGAAGCUCCAAACUGACAAAAAAGAUUACUUCUUCUAUUCAAAAAGAAAACAAGAACACCGAUGGUAAUUUUUGUAUAAUAGACCAACAACAGAAAGAUGCCAAAGAACAACCAAACUUUUUUCAAGACAAACAAAACAAAUUAAAAGAAUUAGUGGAUAAAGAAGCAUGUGAAGUGGUGUCCAAUCAUAACAAAAUGAUAAAUGAGGUACAACAAAGAAUCAAAAACGCAACUGAAAAUUUGGGAAGGAACUCACAUGAGUACAACGAGGAAGAAGAAGACAUGGAUAUCGUUCCAGGUGAUGAAAGGUCACAAACCAAUUCCAAAGAAGCGUCAAUUAUAUCUCGUCGUGCAAAACAGGAAAUUGAAGCGUUACAAGAUAAACUAACAGAACUAAAAUUACAAAAGAAAGAAUUCAAAGAUUUUAUAACAUGUAUGGAUGAAAUAUUGAAGAAACAUAAAUCUUCUAAAAAAUCUAACUCUGCAAUGAAUUUGGUAUAUUCCGAGUUUCAGAUAGAAUGCAAACAUCUGAAAUCUGCAUUGCCUAUGUAUGCUAGAAGAAAUCAGAUUGUUUCAACUAUUACAGAAAAUCAAGUUUCAAUAAUCAUCGGAGAAACAGGUUCUGGAAAAAGCACUCAAGUUACCCAAUAUUUAUAUCAAGCAGGUCUGGCAGAUUCGGGACUGAUAGUUUGCACACAACCACGAAAAAUUGCUGCAACCAGCUUGGCUACACGAGUUGCCCAUGAGCUAAACACAUCCGUUGGCAACCUAGUUGGAUAUCACGUUGGUAUGCAGAUGAAAAUGUCACAUGCCACAAAAAUUAUUUACAUGACUGAUCAAAUGCUUUUAAAUCUUUGCUUAAAGGAUGAAAUUUUUUCCAAAUACUCGUGCAUUAUAAUUGAUGAAGCCCAUGAAAGAAGCAUAUACACUGAUUUGCUUUUAGGAAUGAUCAAAACAAGUUUAAGUAAAAGACCAGACUUAAAAGUUGUAAUCACAUCAGCAACAAUCGAACCGGAAAUAUUUGUAAAUUUCUUUGGUACAUGCCCUGUUUUAAAGAUAGCUGGAAGAAUGUUUCCGGUAGAUGUCAUAUGGCCGACUGAAAAUGAGGCUGAUGAGGAUUAUGAAGGCGCAGCAUUGAAGAAAACAAUCUAUGUCCACGAAAAGGAGCAGAGUGGAGAUAUCCUGACAUUCUUAACAUCGCCGUUAGAAAUCGAUAAAUGUUGCAAUAACUUUGAAAAGGCUUUCAAGGAUACGAACAACUUUAUAUGUCUGCCUCUCCAUGGCCGUUUACAACCACAAGAACAACAAAAAGUAUUUGAACCAAGCCCUGUAGGAAAACGGAAAAUAGUUUUUGCUACUAAUAGUGCUGAAACUUCGAUAACCAUACCUGGAAUUAAAUAUGUCAUCGAUACUGGAGUUGCAAAAGAAAUGUUAUAUGAUCCACAAAAGAACAUAAACGCGUUAAACGUAACCAAUAUUACCAGAAGUUCAGCAGAACAAAGGAAAGGUCGGGCUGGAAGAACUGAACCAGGCAAAUGUUAUCGGCUUUAUACAGAAAACACUUAUAACAGUAUGGAAACAAACUCAAAGCCCGAAAUCUUAAGAGUUCACUUAGGACAAGCUCUCCUGAAGCUAUAUGAGCUAGGGGUUAAUCCACUCCAAUUUGAUUUUGUGCAAAAGCCAUCACAACAUUUAAUAGACACAGCGAUGGAAACGUUGGAGCUUGUUGGGGCUGUUUCUCAAAACAAGAUAACCGAGCGAGGAAAAUGGAUAGCAAAGCUUCCGAUCGAUCCUAAAUUCGGUGCGUUUGUUUAUGAAGCUAUAGAAGAAGAAGUUGGGAUUGAGGGAAUUGUUUUGUCAGCUUGCUGCGGAACUAGUAGCAUGUUUUAUAGAUCAGGAUCAGAAAGCCAAAAGAACGAAGCUGACAAACGGAAAGUCCGUUUUUGUCAUGAAGGAGGUGAUUUUAUGACCAUGUUAGCAGUAUUCCGUGAAUGGCACAAUCAACAAGAAAAAUCUAAAAGUUAUUGGUGUAGCCAGAAUUCAAUUAAUAAUAAAGUAUUACGUGGAAUAAGAGAGACAGUCAAUGAGAUUUUGAAUAUCCUGAAAAAAGAACAAGGAAUAAUUAUGCCAUUUCAACUCAAAACACCAAAAGAUGUUGACGAAAAACUUCAGGAGAUGUUGUUUAAGAUAUUUAGACAAAACAUUUGCCAUUAUCUAGGACACGACAAGGCCGGAUAUUUAGUUGUACAGAAAGACCAAAUCGUGCAAAUCUUUCCAGCAUCAUCUUUAAAAACACUUGGACUUCAACCAGACUGGAUUGUAAUAGAGCGUGUUUUAAAGACAUCACGUGAUUUUGCAACCAAUAUUACUCCAGUGAAAGAUUCGUGGGUACAGAAAGCAUUAGCAGAUAGUAUGCUGAAAUUCGACUUUAAUGCCAUUCAAAGUCAAAGGGUUGAGCAAGCAGUAUUUUGUGCAGUUGGAGAAAAGUUGUUCUCGAAUUUUGUUGGUUUAAGAUAUUCUGAGCUUCGAAAUUUGGAAAAAACAAUGCGACAAGUACUUGAUGGAACUUUUGUUACAAUAGAGGCAUCUAAGGAAUACGGCGAAAUAACAGCAUUUGCGACAGACAACAACAAAGAAACCGUUAAAACUAUGAUAAACGAUCGCUUGAACUUAUUAAAAGGUACAAUGAAAGGCGAGACAAGGGAAUUUUACCUUUCACCUUUAAAGAAGGGCGUUAAAGUAGUGGUUGGAGCAGGGAUGGAUAUUGUUGAUGUACUGAUGCCAAAUGAGUACAAAACCGUUGUUGUGAACGUUACAGAUAAUUCCAUAUCGGAGAGGGACAUUCGUGAAUACUUUGAAAAAUUUGGUUACGUUGUCAAUGCAUAUAAAUUCAAAAAUAGCAAAGAUAAGACCAAAUGGGGGAAAAUAACAUAUCAACGAAAAGAAGACGCCGAGUCGUCCGUUCAAUCGACAAAGGAUAAGAGUAUUAAAGCAGUUCCAGACAUAGGUUAUCAGCCUACAAAAGACAUAAUAAGCCUAAGCACUAUGAGAGCAAAGAUCGAAUGGUGUAGACGUCCAACGUUUGCAUUUAUUCGAUUUACGGAUUCUUCAAUUACUCAAAGGGCAUGCAAGACACCGAUUUCUAUCGGGGGUACGCCAGUAAGAAUACGAAAAAGCAAAGGAAACGCCUCGGAGAUCCAUGUUACAAAUCUUGGCAACAAUACUACGGAAAACGAGUUACGUACAGCUUUUCUCAAUGCAUUAUCACUUGAAUCAGGUACAAUUGAGAAUAUAGCUGUCAGAAAGAAGAAUGUAAAAACAAGUGAAAUUGAACUUAAAUCUUUGAAGCAAACCAUUGAGUCGAAAUUGAAAGAAUAUGUCAUAGCAGGAACGUAUUAUCUAGAUUUAAAACCACCAAGGGACAAUCAUGUUACCUUCUUGGCCUUCGUGUCGUUUUCCAUUCCAGAAGAGGGAAUGGCAGCUUAUGCUGGCAUACAUAACAAUUUCAAGAUUAACUAUGAAACAGUAUCCAUGUCUGUCGAAUUCAAGGCCUCAGUUAUUGUUCGAAAAUACCUUUUUCCGAUGCACGAAAAAACAUUAAGCAAUCUUUCUGAAACGCUUGACAAAAAUUUGAAUGUUAAAUACCGCACAAAGACACUGAAAAAUGGGAAUGUGCUUGUGGAGUUGCAAGGCGAGUCAAGUGACAACGCUAUUAAGGCAAAAACGGUUGUGGAUAAAGUUAUCGCAGGAAAGAGGUAUGACACAGAGCAGCCUGGUGAAUUGGAAAAAUUAUUUACUCAGGGUGGCAAGAGAUUGUUUGAAAGAGUGAAAAAUGAGACAAACACGAUCCUCCAUACUGACGCACGGGAUUUCUCUAUUAUCAUCCAUGGGCCAACAGAAGCUCAAGAAAAAUCUGCAGAAAUGUUAACAAAGUAUUUAAGAGAUCUAAGCAGCGGCAUAUCACAACAAAUAACAUUGAAGGGACCAGACAAGCCAGUUGGAGUGAUGAAAGAACUCAUGAUGAGAUAUGGUUAUGAUUUGAAUACGCUUGUUGAUGAAUGUGGUUUGAAAUAUGUUGAACUUGAUCGUCGGAGACAUAUUUUGCUAGUUACUGGAGAGCAACAGGCAGUCCAGAUAGUCAUUGAGAAAAUACAAAUUGUUUUUGAAGAAACCGGACUAAAAAUGAAGGAAAAAGUUCUGCAACCGAGUACAACAAGAGAAUGUGUUGUUUGCUUUUGUGAAAUAGAGGACGGUAAAAUGUAUAGAUUAGAAGCGUGUGGCCAUUCAUAUUGUAAAGAAUGCGUUGAGUUUCAGUUCCAAUCUGAUCUCAACUCCCUUCCUGUAUGUUGCAGUAGUGAAGGUUGCGAAGAAAAGUGGGUGUUGAAAGAUAUUACAAAAAUAGCAGAUAAAACAAACAAUCUAGUUGACCUAUUAGUCGAGAAAGCUACCAGCUCUUUCGUUGCAAAAAAUCAGAUAGCAUAUAAAUACUGCACAACGCCCGAUUGUCCUAUAAUUUAUCGGGCAACAGAAAAGGAAAAUCUAUUCACAUGUCCGCAGUGUGAGAGUCGUAUUUGCACAGGAUGCAACAAACAAUACCAUGAUGGUUUAACAUGUGAACAAGUAAAAUUCGCAGAAACAAAGGAGGCUGAUGAUAAAAAUCUAAGGCUAUUGCUUCAGGAGUGUAAACUGGACAUAAAGAAAUGUCCAAGUUGUUCAACACUAAUAGAGAAAAUUGCAGGGUGUAAUCGUAUGACAUGCAGUGCAUGUAAAACUAAUAUUUGUUGGAUUUGUUUGGACCAUUAUCCCACUUCAAAUGAAUGUUAUGCUCAUCUCAUUAAAGAACAUGGCGGUUUCUUCUAAAGGAUUUCCAUAUAAGUGUCAUUGAAGAACAUAUUCUUGAACGAAGUAAUUGCUUAAAAGUUUUCACUUUCAAUAUGCAUUCGAAAUUAUUAAAGCAGAGCGAAAACUAUGUAUCAUUAAACUAGCUUGAAACUUAGAAAUAACUUAUUAGCCCAACAAAAAAAUGUAUAAUUGUAUAUCUAAUCUGUACACAGAGUUAAUUGUAUCUUAAUGACCUAUGUAAAUGUCGAAAAUACAUUUUUCAGUCAAAUUGUAGAGUUAACAAUUACAUAGGGAUGUUUGUGAAUUCUUUCUUUUUUUGUGA